AUCACCUAGUAUUCCUUGGGAAUAAUUUGUAGUUUCAGUUCUUGAAACUGAAUAUUUAGAAGCUCCAGAAAUAGAACUUUGCUUCAAUCUACAGCUCAGUUGUAACUUUGAUAUAAAGUCUCUUCAUUUUCAUGGACUUUGUUUGUUUGGUUGUUUUGCCAUUCCAGAUGCACGCUUUCUUGAGAAAGGUCCUUUUCAACAACACCGCUGGGGAGGAAGUCUCCUUUUCAGAAACUGGGAUGAAAUAUACAGGAUUUGAUAUCCUCAACUGGGUCAUCUUUGCAAAUAUGACGAUCCUUCGACAGAAAGUCGGAUGGGCCAAUCCGGAGGCUCCUUCAGCUGAAGGUUUCAGCAUCAACCCCAAUGCCAUUGUGUGGGUCAACCAGACAAAGCCUUUCUCCCGAUGUGUGAAGAGCUGCCUUCCAGGACAAGCCAGGAAAGUUGCAGAGGGGAAGCGUUCUUGUUGCUACGGAUGUAUUCCUUGCCCAGAAGGGACCAUUUCUAAUCAAACAGGCAAGUUGCUUGAGGAGACCCACAAGCAGGAAUGAGGAGGUCUGGUGUGGCUGCCUGGGGAGGAGUGAGAGACAAUAUGAGGUGGCAAAUCAGUUGAAAAAAUCAACAUGAAAGUCAUUCAGAACUUUUAACUUGAAUGGAUCCUUUAAGUUGUUAGCAGCAGCUUUAGCUUUUAUGUGCUGUUUAUAUGUUUUAAUAUUUUAUUGAACGCUGCCCAGAGUCCCUCGAUAUGGAAGACAGGAAUUUCAAAAUGUAAUAAUAAAAUAAAACAAUUCAAUUCAUUCAUUAUAUAAUUACUCCUGAGAAGUUUUUAGCUGCUGAUUCUUCUGGAUCCUUCUGUGUUGUGUGCAGCAGAAGUAAAGAGAUGGGGAGCAUGGGGCAUUUCAGUUCUUUCAUUGGGAAAACUUUUCCCCUCAAGGAUAAUCCCUGGUUCUCUGUCUAAUAUCAGCUGGCGCCUAUUCUUCCAGAUGCGGCUCAGUGCACCCCCUGCCCAGAAGACCAACAGCCAAACAAGAACCACGUCCUGUGCAUUCCCAAGACC